AUGGUGGGACGUGGGAGCAGGCACGGCAAGAAGUUGCAGAGCGAGCUCGCCGAUUUGCUGACGGCCCACCUCUGUGGCUUUGAUGCAGCGGGCCCUCAGAGCCAGAUACGUUGCGGCAGGUGUGGCAUCCUGCUGCUCUACCCUCAGGGAGCUUCCAAUGUUCGGUGCUCUCAGUGCAGCCACAUAACACCCGUCACCAUUUCUGGAGGCCCUGAGAGCGCCCAGCUCGUCUGCAGUCACUGCCGAAUGCUGCUCGUCUACCCCCGGGGUGCAAGCACAGUGCAGUGCUCCAUAUGCCACACACUGAAUCCUGCAUCACAAGUGAGCUUCGACUGGCUUCCCUUAUCUUGA